AUGAGCGGUAAAGCAAUUAAAAAGGCAACUGCAGAUGAGAAGAGUUCAGAGAAGAGGAAUGAAGCAAUCGUGGAUAAUGCGAGUAAAAUUAAUGACAAAAACGAACAAUCCGAUUCGAUGAAAAUUGAACUAAAAGCUGAUAAAGAGGUUGAAGGUGAUAUCAAUAGUGAAGAAGAGCUGAAAGAAAUAACUGCUACGGAUAUAACUCCAGAGAAUAGUGAACAUGAUGCAGUGCUAACAGCACAGGAUUAUCGCGAUGAUGUGCACGAAUUUGAUGCCGAUCCAUUGAGGACAUGGUCACAGUCAAGCGGAAAUGAACAGCUGCGAUUGAUUGUGAACGUGCAACCAGCACUGCCAUUGGUCGAAGCCGUCAAAACAAAAGUUGUUAAUGGGAGGUCACCAUCGAUAGUUGUGCUCAAUGAAAAUAUGCUAGAAGCAAUGAAGAAACAUUUACGGUCCAGGUCUCAACUCGGCGAUAUGCAUACUCAUAUCUGCAUCCAGAACCAACGGUCGAACAGCGAACGACGUGGAAUUAUUGCCAAGUUAUUUGAUGAAUCAUUGCAACAAUAUUUGUCAUCGUCGACAAAACACAAACGACAAAUAUGCAUGAGAAUCGAAUGUGGAGGAAAUGAAGCGCCAUCUUUGCAAAUCAGAUGUGCUAUUGGUAACAAAGAACGCCAAUAUUAUAAACGAACAAACCAGUGUCAGUUUCGCAGUCGAAUCAAUGACCAAGAUGUUUGUUUGCUCAAUCUUUGCUUUUUUCUUUCAAAUAGUUGA